CUGUUCUUCCAAAUAAUUUUGGCACGCCGCAUCCAUAUCGCCUUAGUUUGCACCUUACCUUCUUGUAGGAUUAUCAGAUUAUAGGAUAUAAUCAUUAUAUUGUGAAUGUCAAUAUGUUCAGGCGCUAAAUGUCAAUGUUGAGGUUUGCUAGCCACGAGAGGACUUCAGGAGAGAGUUUGUGUUGUGUUGCUGUUCCUUCGGGAGCAUACUGCAGUGGUUUAUUAUAUGGUCCAUAGUUUGUGUGUCAUGGCCACAGUCACAAUGUGGUUUGUUUUUCAUUUCAUCCAGGAAGGAUAUGUGCUCAUCGGCCUGUCGAUGUUAUGAUGUAGUUGAUGGUACACCAGUGUCUUCGAGGAAUGUCAAAGCCAGGAAGCGCGAUGUUUGGGCCUCGGAUGCAGUUUUUAUUCUGGAAACCCACGUUCCACUCUCUUCGCCAGAAUUAUUCGGCAUGUAGAAAGGGAUUUAUGACGAAGCCCUGAGCAGCUUUUUCAGGAAUGUGGACACUCGUCCAGGGACUGGUAAAGAAGUGGACAUCCCUGUAGGCAGUCGGUCCACGAUUCGUUCUCUCAAGGCACGCGCGGUGCUCAUAGACAUGGAGGAGGGCGUGGUGAAUGAACUCUUGCAGGGACCACUCAGGGACGUGUUCGACCAGAAGCAGCUCAUUACGGACGUCUCGGGCUCUGGAAAUAACUGGGCUGUAGGGAACAAGGUGUAUGGGGCACAGUUCAGAGAGAAGAUUUUGGAAAGGCUAAGAGUAACGGCAGAACACUGUGACUCCUUGCAGUGCUUUUUUCUCAUCCACUCCAUGGGAGGGGGCACCGGCUCGGGGCUGGGCACAUUUGUUCUGCGGCUCCUGGAGGAUGAAUUCCCGGACGUGCACCGCUUUGUGAUGGCGCUUUAUCCCUCGGCCGAGGAUGACGUUGUCACCUCGCCUUACAACUCCGUGCUGGCCAUGCGCGAGCUGACGGAGCACGCCGACUGCGUGCUGCCCAUUGAGAACCAGGCGCUGGUGGACAUAGUAAACAAGAUCAAUCACGCUGCAGCCCUUGGUAAAUCAGUCCGCAGCCAGACAACGCUGUCCUCCAGCCACGGGUGCCUCAAGGGUCAAGAGAAGCCGUUCGACACCAUGAACAACAUCGUGGCCAACCUGAUGCUCAACAUGACGAGCUCGUCCCGGUUUGAAGGCUCGCUGAAUGUUGAUCUCAACGAGAUCACCAUGAACCUCGUGCCCUUUCCACGCCUGCAUUACCUUGUCUCAAGCCUCACGCCGCUCUAUGCAUUGGCAGAUGUCGCCCUGCCACCCAGGAGGCUGGACCAGAUGUUCUCCGACGCAUUCAGCAAAGAGAACCAGCUGCUCCGCGUGGACCCUCGCCGCAGCUUGUACCUGGCCUGUGCCCUCAUGGUCCGAGGAAAUGUGCAGCUCUCAGACGUUCGUCGCAACAUUGAGAGGUUGAAGCCAUCACUGCACUUUGUAGACUGGAACGAGGAGGGCUGGAAGACGGGACUGUGCUCGGUGCCUCCUGUUGGCUACCCGCACUCCCUGCUGGCGCUCGCCAACAACACGUGCGUCAAGCAUACCUUCGCCGAUAUCCAGGAGCGCUUCGCACGUCUCUACAGGCGCAAGGCACACCUGCACCACUACACGGAUGUGGAGGGCAUGGAGCUGAGCUGUUUCACGGAAGCUGCUUCUUCCCUGGCCUCGGUCAUUGAGGAAUACAACCAGCUGGACCGCAACAAGGGCCAGUUGGGAGGGGACAUCCCACGCCUCACCAUUGCCACAUGACCUGGGCUGUAUCAAGUGAGCUCGUGUGGAAGUGGCAAUUGUCCACAGCUCAAAAGUUAGAUCGUAAUGUACUUUUUUACAUGUAAUUGUUCGUUAUAGAGUAUAACAUUUUGGCUUGGAUGCUAAUCGUUUUACUUGCAACUGUCGAGUAAUAACUCCACUUUUGACAAAUUGUCAACCUUGUUGUCCUCUUACAUCCUGGGUGUAGUCGGUAUCCGUUUUCAUUUUCACCAUGGUAAAUAAAUACCAUGGUAGUAAACCUUGUUGUACCACCUUACCAGUGAUAAAGAACUACAGAUAGACAGAAAGGAUAGACAAUACAAAUACAUGAAAUAGGACAAAUGCUUGUAUAUAUUAUUUUUUUGAUAAAAACAUGAUUUAAAUUAUUAAACCAAAGCCAUGAGGUGCUGUGACAUUUUAAAAUGUAUUUUCGAAAUGACAAUGAAGCAGCUAUCAUGUAUAAUACAAUGUAAGAUUAUUUUGAAAAAAUAUUUACAAUUUUUUUGCAAAGCAAAAUAUAUCUCUUCAUUUGCCUUUGUAACU